AUGCCGAAAAUUGGAGUCCUACCCGACCUCUUCACGUUCCCUCCGCUUAUCAAAUCUGUUGCUCAAUUGAAUCUCAAACACCUUGGCUUGUCCAUUCAUGGCUGUACUGUAAAGUUUGGUGCUUGUCAUGAUGUAUUCACCAACACUGCUAUUGUUCAUAUGUAUGCUAUUCUUGCUUGCAUUAGUGAUGCAUGCCAAGUAUUUGAUGGAAUGCCAGAGAGGAACUCGGUUACUUGGAAUGCGAUGAUUACAGGCUUUGUGCAUAGUAGGAGAUUUAAGGAAGCACAUGAGUUAUUCAAUGAGAUGAAGAGAUCGGGUGUAGAAAUGGGAGAGGUCACAAUGGUCAACGCACUUUCAGCUUGUGCGCACUUGGGUGCUUUGAGUCAAGGAGUAUGGAUUCAUAACUAUAUUAAGCAUCAAGGUUUGAGGGUUAAUGUGUUUGUAGGUACCACAUUGAUUGAUAUGUACAUGAAGUGCGGUGUGGUGGACAAGGCUGUUGAGGUUUUCAGGACGAUGAGCUUGAAGAAUGUAUACACCUGGAAUGCGUUGAUAUCCGGGUUUGCCAUGAAUGGAAAAGGAGAAGCUGCUUUGGAAGCUUUUGACAUGAUGAUUAGAGGGGAAAUAACUAAGCCGGAUGAUGUAACUUUGUUAGGUGUUCUAUGUGCUUGUUGUCACCAAGGGCUUGUUGACAUCGGUCGCAUGCUCUUCAUCGACAUGGAGAGGAAGUUUGGUGUGCAGCGGAGAAUUGAGCACUAUGGUUGCAUGGUGGAUCUUCUUGGAAGAGCGGGUUUCCUAGAAGAGGCUCAUGAACUUAUAAAAACACUGCCAAUGAAAGCUGAUGCUGUCAUAUGGAGGACACUGCUAGCUGCUUGUAGGCUUCAUGGAGACACACAAUUGGGCAAGCUUGUGAUUGAAAACCUUCUUCAAUUGGAGCCUGAGAAUGCGGAGAACUAUGUAUUGCUUACGAACAUGUUAGUUCGUGAGCAAAGGUGGAAUGAAGUCGGAAAGGUGAGGGCGAUGUUGAACCAGAGAAGAAUAAAAAAAGUGCCUGGAUGCAGUUCAAUUGAGAUUGACAAUGUGGUGUACGAGUUUGUGGCUGCAAGCCGAUUUGAGAAGGAAACAAUGGAUGAGAUCUAUAAGAUGUUAGAGGAAGUGGGAAUGAAGUUGAAGGUUGCUGGUUAUGUUGCAGAUACUGAGUUGGUUUCCUAUGACCUUGUGGAAGAGGAAAAGGAAGAAACUUUGAUGCACCACAGUGAGAAGCUUGCUCUGGCUUUCGGAAUGCUAAGAACUCAACAAAAUUGCACUAUAAGGAUAGUGAAGAACCUGAGAGUUUGCAAGGAUUGUCACUCUUUUCUGAAGCUUGUUUCAAAGGUUUACAAGAGAGAAAUUGUGGUUAGAGAUAGAAACCGGUUUCACCAUUUUGGAGGGGGAGUUUGUUCUUGCAGGGAUUAUUGGUGACAUUGCUAAGAAAGUUCAACCCAUGGAAAGAGAGCAUUCCAAGUGAUGGAAAGGAAGCAAACGCUUUCAAAGGAGACACUGACAUUCAGUUUGCAUUCAGAAAAACUUCAUUGAUGAUCAUUGGCCAUGGAUUCACCGACUCAGCUAUUGUCCAUUGUAAACCUGGUGGAUGAGAUUGCCAUGGCCGACCCCACCAGGAGAUUGGGAAUGUUAAUACCGGCCAACAUGGCUGAUGCCACAGCCAAUCUUCUCGGUUCCACCUCUUGUUAUAUAUAGAAAGUUCGAGUAGGACAGAUUUGGAAAGCACAUGGAUAAAAU